AUGAGCACAAACGAAAAGUUCAAGGAGAACAGGCGGCGGCGGCGUAGCAGCAGUCUGAUGUAUCAGGAGCCGCCGGAGAGUCUCGAACAGCAGAGUGACCAAGCUAUCCUGCCCAACUUGAACUCGCAGUGGGUCAACGCCAAAGGCGCAUGGAUGAUCCAUCCUAUUCUCAUCCUGCUGCUCAAGAUCGUCUAUGACAUCGUUCCCUCCAUCUCACAGGAGACGUCGUGGACGCUGGUCAACAUCACAUACAUGUUUGGGUCCUACCUCAUGUUUCAUUGGGUACGCGGCAUUCCUUUCGAGUUCAACGCCGGAGCGUACGACAAUCUCAACAUGUGGGAGCAAAUCGACAACGAAGAACAGUACACCCCCGCGAAGAAGUUCUUACUCGCCGUACCGAUAUGUUUGUUCUUGAUCAGCACGCACUACACUCAUUACGACCUGGCCUACUUCAUGAUCAACUUCAUAGCAACACUAGCCGUCGUGGUACCGAAAUUACCGGYGCUACACCGCAUGAGGUUAUCGUUUCUCAACACGGCACCGGAAGUGCAAGAACGAUAG